ACUCCCCCCCCCCCGGAACCAAUCUGCUGAGCUGUGUGUGUCCCCUCUAAUCCCGCCCCCCAGCACUGUGCAUCGAGCCUGCGGUCCCCGCUCUGCACCCCGGGGGAGGCCGGACACCGGGCCCCGCACACCUCCAAUGUCCGUGCAGCCAGACCGAAGUCUUCACAUCUGAGUGUGUCCGUCCUCCCACAUCUCAUCCCUGUGUGACAACAUCCUCCAUGCAGACCUGUGUUCUCUAUAGAGCGGAUCCCUGUGUGUCCUCCAACCACACCUACACCCUCCAUGCAGAUCUGACCUCUGUGUCCACCAAUCAGAUCUGUACCAUCCUCCAACCACACCUACCCCCUCUACACCCUACAUCCUCCAUGCAGACCUCAGCCCUGUAUUCUCUAUAGAGCUGAUCCCUGUGUGUCCUGCAACCACGCCUGUCCCCUCUACACCCUACAUCCUCCAUGCAGAUCUGAUCUCUGUGUCCACCAAUCAGAUCUGUACCAUCCUCCAACCAGACCUAUACCCCUCCUUCCUACAUCCUCCAUGCAGAUCUGAUCUCUGUGUCCACCAAUAAGAUCUGAACCCUCCUCCAACCAGACCUAUACCCCUCCUUCCUACAUCCUCCAUGCAGAUCUGAUCUCUGUGUCCACCAAUCAGAUCUGCACCAUCCUCCAACCUGACCUAUACCCCUCCUUCCUACAUCCUCCAUGCAGACCUGAUCUCUGUGUCCACCAAUCAGAUCUGUACCCUCCUUCCUACAUCCUCCAUGCAGAUCUGACCUCUGUGUCCAUCAUACAUCCUCCAACUAGACCUAUACCCCUCCUUCCUACAUCCUCCAUGCAGACCUCAUCCCUGUAUUCUCUAUAGAGCUGACCCAUAUGUGUCCUACAACCACACCUGUCCCCUUUACACCCUCCAUGCAGAUCUAACCUCUGUGUCAACCGAUCAGAGCUGUACCCUCCUUCCUACAUCCUCCACGCAGAUCUGACCUCUGUGUCUGACAUACAUCCUCCAACCAGACCUAUACCCCUCCUCCAUGCAGAUCUGACCUCUGUGUCUGACAUCCUCCAACCAGAUCUAUAACCCCCUCCACCCAGAUCUGAUCUCUGUGUCCUCCAUACAUCCUCCGACCAGACCCGCCCCCUCUACAUCCUCCAUGCAGAUCUGACCUCUGUCCUCUAAACAUCCGCCAACCAGAUCUGUACCCAGUCCUUCCUACAUCCUCCAACCAGAUCUGCGCAGUGUCUCCCCUCCACCCUGAUCAGUGAGUCCUCCCCACAUCCCCCAUGCAGACCUAAGCCCCCCGUGUUCUCUAUCAGAUCAGAAGUGCCCCCCCCCUCCCCCGGGUCUGUAUGACCGAUCCCCCCACAUACAUGGAAGAAAGACUGAGGGAAGCAUCUGCAUUGGGGGACCUGGAAGAAGUGCAGAAACUGCUCGGCUCCGGGGUGGAUGUCAACUCCCAGAAUGAGAUCAACGGCUGGACUUGCCUGCACUGGGCUUGUAAGCGCAAUCACCUCCACAUCGUGUCCUUCCUGCUAGAGGCCGGGGUGGACAAAGACAUCUUCACCAGCAAAGGAGAGAAAGCCGCUCAGCUCACCUCCAAGAGGGAAAUCAAGAGAGUCCUGGGAGUGGAGGAUUUGGAAGCAGAGGAAGUUAAACCUGAACCCGAUUUAUCGUUCAUCCCGAAUUACCUCGCCAAUCCGCCUUUCCCGUACGGUUAUACCCGCGACAGCGCCGUCAAGCAAGAGACCGCCCCCGCAACGUUCGCCGAAAACGGAAACUCGCACAUCGCACCGCCGCCACCCCCCACCAGCUUUCCUUUGCUGAGCAACGGCGUGGAGAACAUUCACCUGAGCGCUUCCGUGAAGAAAGAGGACAAAUUCCCGUCUUUGUUUUACAACGGCGAAGUCCAGAUCCCGCCAGAAUGUGCGCACUCGCCGGUACAGGCUGGAUCCGUUUGCCAGACGCCGGUCUCCCAGAACCGCGGGAUGUUCUCACCGCUUCCCUCUAAUCUUCCGCACAGCGGCGCUCAUGGUGGACCUAUGCAAGUCUUUCAGCCGUUCUUCUUCACUGGAGCCUUCCCGUCCAACAUGAAAGAAUUAGUCCUGAAAGUGAGAAUUCAGAGCAGUGCCCCCGGGGACAACGAUUUCAUCGAGGUGGAGAUGGACAGGGAGGCCCUGACCUACAGAGAUCUGCUCCGAGUCUGCUGCUAUGAGCUGGGCGUCAGUCCAGACAACGUGGAGAGAAUCCGCAAACUGCCGAACACUAUGCUCCGAAAGGAUAAAGACGUUGCAAGGCUUCAGGACUUUCAGGAGCUGGAACUGAUUCUGAAAUAUGACCACAGUCCCUUUAGGAACGCGGCACUGACUGAUAGGCCAUGCUUCAACAAGAAGGCUUCGCAGCUAACCUACUGAUAGAAGGAUCUGUGUACAUCUUCUAUCCAGAGAUUUACAGCUAACCUACUGAUAGUUCUGUGUACUUCUUCUACCCAGAGAUCCACAGGUAACCUACCGAUAGACAGCUUUGUGUGCUACUUCUACUCAGAGAUCCACAGCUAACCUUCCAAUAGAUGGCUCUGUGUACUACUUCUACCCAGAGGUCUCCAGGUAACCUUCCAAUAGAUGGCUCUGUGUACUACUUCUACCCAGAGGUCUCCAGGUAACCUUCCAAUAGACGGCUCUGUGUGCUACUUCUACUCAGAGGUCUCCAGGUAACCUUCCAAUAGACGGCUCUGUGUACUUCUUCUACCCAGAGGUCUCCAGCUAACCUUCCAAUAGACGGCUCUGUGUACUUCUUCUACCCAGAGGUCUCCAGCUAACCUUCCAAUAGAUGGCUCUGUGUACUACUUCUACCCAGAGGUCUCCAGCUAACCUUCCAAUAGACGGCUCUGUGUACUUCUUCUACCCAGAGGUCUCCAGGUUACCUUCCAAUAGUUGGCUCAGUGUACUUCUUCUACCCAGAGGUCUCCAGGUAACCUUCCAAUAGACGGCUCUGUGUACUUCUUCUAUCCAGAUGUCUCCAGGUAACCUUCCAAUAGACGGCUCUGUGUACUUCUUCUAUCCAGAGGUCUCCAGGUAACCUUCCAAUAAACGGCUCUGUGUACUUCUUCUACCCAGAGGUCUCCAGGUAACCUUCCAAUAGAUGGCUCUGUGUACUACUUAUACCCAGAGGUCUCCAGCUAACCUUCCAAUAGACGGCUCUGUGUACUUCUUCUACCCAGAGGUCUCCAGCUAACCUUCCAAUAGACGGCUCUGUGUACUCCUCCUGUCUAGAUAACUUCUGACAAUAACACACGCCUCGCAUACAACCGCGCCGUCUAGCAUUGCUCUUGGGUGGAGGGUCAGCAUGAAAUUCAAAUACAUUGACAAGGCAAAGAAAAUACAUAUCGUUCCUUCUAAUGGCGUCAAGAAGCACAAAGGGUGAAAACCGGAUAGUACCUUCUAAGUUUCCUUUUCCGUUAAAUGCAGAAUACGGCAACCCUUGGGCAUCCAGCUGUUUUGGAAGCAAGAAAACGCUAGGUCUUUUGUGGUUCAUCAGCUAGAAGAGUCCUUGGCUACCAAAAGCCUGCGCCUGUCUCAUGUAAGAUAUAUCUAUCGCAUAUCACGCAGCUUCUAGGCGAAGCUACACUCACCAGCCAUUGUAGAACCGCAGGCUCCAGCAUGAAGGGUGUGCUGAGACUUGUAGUUCCUCGAAAGCUCAGCAGGGUGCUUAAUACAGAUCUGGGCAAGUUCAUGAGCUAAACUCUGAGCUGGUAACAAGCGAUGGGUGUCCCAGGAGCCGCACAUCAAGUCAAAGCCUGCUGUGUGAUAGUGAAUGGCAGUCUCAGCCUGGACCCACGUCCCCGACGCGUUUCACUCUGCCCACUGGAGCUUACUCAUUGGAAUCUCUGAGCUACUACAGGGAAUCACUGACACGUUUGCUGUUUACAUUUUUAGAAAAGGACGAUUUUGCUGGAAAUGUAAUGAGAUCAUUUUACGAGUUUAUUUCCUUCAGUCGUAUUCCCAAAUUCUCUCCCGCUGUACAUUCACCUUCAUCAGUUUGGGUGUCAGUGUCCAGGAAGUCUGUACUCUCCCAGUCCAGCUGUGGUUGAAACCAUGCAUAUCUUUAUGGAGCUGUUAGAGGUAACGGGGGUUUGUUUACAGUAGGCCUCGAUGAUCCCAACAGACCAUAUGGAAUAUGACAGCCUUUAUCUGUAUCACUUCUACCUCUGGGUCAUCUGAUGUGAUUGGCUGCUCCCGUGCAUGCUGGGUUUUUGUUGAAUGUUAAUUAUUUUAAAGAACUAGUUCACUAUAUAUAAAAAAAAAAA